AUGGCUUACCUAUCUGUUACUAACGGCAUCAACUUCCUCGUCGGCAUGGCGUUUAUUGCCGUCUUCCUUCUCAUUGCAACAGCCAUAAUCAUUCUUGUUCCCUCUCCACUGCAUGAGCUUGAAGCCUUUCUCAUUACUGCAGGACUUAAGACAUAUAAAGGGAGAAGAGAAGAGUUGAAUCGCCGGAUUCCGGUCAGCAGAUACCAAAGAAGGGAGGAAAAUCAGCUUGCCGGGGAAUGCUCUGUUUGCCUGUCUGAACUCGUCGACGGCGAUGAAGUCCGGCGGCUUCCGGCUUGCAAGCAUGUAUUUCAUGUUGGUUGCAUUGAUGUGUGGCUUCUCAGGCAUGAUAAUUGCCCGCUGUGUAGGGCAGAGGCGCUUGAGAGCUCAUUGGAUACGUCCAAAAUUUUUUAA